CAUUGGUGCUGAAGAAAAUGAAGAGAAACCUAAAUGAAAAUUCAGCCCGAAGUACAGCAGGCUGUUUGCCUGUGCCAUUGUUCAAUCAGAAAAAGAGGAACAGACAGCCAUUAACUUCUAAUCCACUUCAGAAUGAUCCAGGUUUCAGUACUAUUUCUGACAGUUAUGGUUCCUCUCCUCUACCAACAGAUUGGACAUGGGAAGUUAUGAAUCCAGAGGUGACUCCUUUAAAGAAAACAGUGAAUACAGGGCAAAUACCAGCUUCUGCUUCUUAUCCCCUGAAAAGUCAAGAUUCUGUGCCUAAAUCUAUUCAGUCAAAUGUUGAAAGAAGCCAAAGUGGUUGGGGCUACAGAGGUGACAACAGAAAUACCAGCUUGAGAACUUGGGAUAAAAAUGAUUUCCGACCUCAGCAUAAAACAGCAAGCCCAGCCCCAAACAGUGAAUUCAAUUCUUGUGCAGUGAAUUUGGGAACUCAAGGGCAGAAACAGUUAAGAACACCUGAAUUUCCUGCCUUUCAUGGACACAAAGAAACUGAAGCACUCAGACAAACAUGCUUAUCAAAACUGCCUGGCUCUGCAGUGAAAGGCCCAGAGAGAGCCAGUGCACUGCAGGCAUUUAAGCCCAGUUUUCAACAAAAUCAAUUUAAGAAAACAGUGUUGGGUGACACUCCAGGAGAAAAUGCUCUGAAGGAAGCCCCCUUCCGUCAGUUAAAGGCCAAAGAUAAUUCUUUAAGGAUCAUUUCUGCAGUCAUUGAAAGCAUGAGGUACUGGCGUGCACAAGUACAGAAAACUGUACUUCUUUUUGAAAUAUUGGCUGUCCUGGAUUCAGCUGUCACACCUGGCCCACAGUAUUCAAAGACUUUUCUCAUGAGAGAUGGGAAAAAUACUCUUCCAUGUGUAUUUUAUGAAAUUGAUCGUGAACUUCCAAGACUGAUCAGAGGCCGAGUUCACAGGUGUGUUGGACACUACGACCCAGACAAGAACAUUUUCAAGUGUGUUUCUGUUAGACCAGCAUCUGCUUCUGAACAAAAGACUUUCCAAGCAUUUGUUACAAUUGUGGAUGCUGAGAUGAAGUAUUAUACUAAAGUAGUAAAUGAAAUGUAA